CUUUUUUUAUAUAUAAUACUACCAAUCCGAUGAACAUGCUAUCGAAGAGUCUAAAGAGUGAUAAUUGUGAUCGACAAUUAUAAUAAUUUACUCAUAUUUGUUUCCGGUAGACUUGUUUAUACUCUGAUUUCUCUUUCAUCUGUCGCUUCAAAAGAAAACAUCCAAAUUGUGGCUUCUUUUCAUCACUCUAAUUUGUUAGCACGUAAACAAAAAAAUGUCUCAUACAAUAUUACUGGUACAGCCUGGUCACAGGCCUGAAACGAGAACAUAUUCUGAUUAUGAAAGCGUUAAUGAAUGCAUGGAAGGUGUAUGUAAAAUUUAUGAAGAACAUUUAAAGAGGCGAAACCCGAAUACUCCAACUAUUACCUAUGAUAUCAGUCAAUUAUUUGAUUUCGUUGACCAGCUAACAGAUUUAUCAUGUCUUGUUUAUCAAAAAUCAACAAAUACUUAUGCUCCAUAUAAUAAGGAUUGGAUUAAGGAGAAAAUAUAUGUAUUAUUGCGUAGAGCUGCAGGUCAUAGCGAGUAAGCAGUGUAUAAAAAUAGAUAUAUGUUUUUAUAUAUAAAAUAACUUUAAAA